AGCAAACUUCGACAACAAGGAAUUAUUUUGCGGUAAAUUUUCUCUUUUUUCCCAUUUCCCUUACCUUCACCGGGAGCGUAGCUCUCUUUCUUCCAGCACCUCACCCCCCCGGGCGGGUCGCGAUGAUGUGGAUGGACAUUCUCUCUUCGCCACUCUUCAACCCACACAUCGUAACGUUACCAUGAAAUGUAUUGCUAUGUUGUUAUUUUGAGAAUAUACCUGCCGACCUUCUUUGUUGUGUGCGCGCUGUGACCCGUCCCAAAAACAAUCGUAAUCCGUGUUCUGUGUGUGUUUUAAUGAACAAAGUCUUUAUUCGGUGCUGACCAGACGGAACAUGCGGAUCUCCGCCGCCGAAACUCGGACCCGGAACCUGGGAUCCCUGCGGUCGGAGUGGGUGAUGGGGAUGGGAAUGGCUCUGGGGACCCCAUCCGGAUCACCUGCGCCGAGUGGACGUACCGCGGGGAUGCGGGUACCUCACUCGCUUCCUGUCCGCCUGCUUCCUCCUCCUGCCAGGCGGCUUCGUACUCCUUGCGGGCCCUGGCUCCUGGCUCUCCUGAGUCUCCAGGUCCUCCUUUCUCCUGUGGGGUCCUCCUCCCACUCCAGCUCACUCUCGUCGGAGGUGACCACUGGUUCUGGGUCUUCGCCUCUAUCGUCCUCGGCACCUCGCCUUGGAGUUCGGGUGGGCCGCGGGUUAGGCAAUCGCCUACCCCCGACCGCCCUUGCCCCUAGCGGGCCCUUCGGGACUCUGACCCAGAGUGGACAGCAUUGAGUACUGCUCCUUCGUACAUGUGUUCAUGGCGGUUGUAGAACUUUUUGUGUUUCGACCCCUCUGCCCACGCCUCCACUAUACCUCGGUUUCGCGCCUCCUCUUUGGCGGUCACCGUUGUGUCCCUCGGCGUUCUUGUGUCUUCCCACUCUCGACGCCUGACUUUACGCUACCGUUCCCUUGGGUUGUACCGUCUCUCCUCUAUCCUCAGGAGCAUUUUAGGAGUGCUUCCUACCGAACGGUUGCGCAGUUUUAUUGUCUCCUCUGCCCUGAACAGGAUCGGAUCCUCGCUUCUUGGUGGUGGGUCUGUUACUCUUGCGAAAGUCAGUACAAUUCCAAGCGGAUAACGGUCGUUCUUUCGCCUUUCUUACCCUUUCUUACAUCCCGCUCCUGGCGACCUUCCCUACCCUUGGCGGUGGUUGCUGAGGCA